AUGGGUCUUUUACAUUAUCGAGAGUUCAUCAAAAGAGGAAUUGUUCCUUUUAAAGAUGGCAAGUAUCUAACGGAUGGAACAUUGGAAAAAACAAUCGAUUGGAUCCCGAGGAUGAGCAAUAUUCGCUAUAAAGAUGUUCCAAGUUUCAUUAGAACAACAUAUCUCGAUGAUAUCAUGUUGGAUUUCAUGGGGGAGGAGGCUCAAAAUAACUUGAAUGCUCCAGCGAUCAUCUUCAACACUUUCGAUGCAUUAGAGCACAAAGUAUUAGAAGCCAUUACAUCUAAAUUCAAUUACCCCAACAUUUUCACAAUCGGCCCUUUUCCUUUACUAGCCAAAUAUGUUCCACAUGAUAGCCCAGUACAAUCACUGAAUUCGAGUUUAUGGAAGCCAGAUUCCUCAUGUUUGCAAUGGCUAGACCAGAAGAAAGAAGGAUAUGUUAUAUAUGUCAAUUAUAGAAGUGUGACUACGAUGAAUGACACACAUUUGAUCGAGUUUGCAUGGGGUUUAGCAAAUAGAAAGCAAUCGUUCUUAUGGGUGGUUCGACCAGAUGUGACAAUGAGGGAUUUAGCGAUUUUGCCUAAAGAAUUCUUGAAAGAGACAAUGGAUAGAGGACUCAUGGUGAGUUGGUGCGAACAAGAUCAGGUUCUGGCCCACCCAUCAAAAAAAAGGUGUCACAUACUUUUCUUCCUACAUCUCAUCGUCGGUCGUAAGAAGAAGCCUCCCUACCGUCGCACCUCCCACCGGCGUUCCCUCCUCCCGGCGCAACCCCCACCGAUCAUCAUCUCCUUCCAGCAUCGGCGGUUUCAUGAGUUCAAUAAUUUUUUUCUGCUGAAGACAACGAUUCUGCUUGGGUUUAUAUUGAGUUUUUUGUUUUUCUUGGUGGAGCAACUUCAUCUUUCAUGCUUCAUCUUAAUUUUUCGAUUUUUGAUUGUUGAAUCAUUGUUGAUAUUUUUGUUCUUGCUCAAUCUUGAUGCUAAUGUUAUCAAAUCUUUGAUGAUGUUGUUUUUUAUAUUGAUAAAUAAUAAGUUCUUGCUGCAAUGUUUUAAAUUUAUGCUUAAAUGUCACAUAUUCUGCUAA